AUGGCCGCACAGUCGAAGCCCGCCCCAAUUGGGCCCUGGGGCAAAGCGACGGCCGGUGCAGCAGGCGCAGUCCUCGCCAAUGCGCUUGUCUACCCUCUAGACCUCGUCAAGACGAAGCUCCAGGUUCAAGUGAAGCCCAGCGGCGCCGCGAAUACCGAUGCGAAAUCCAAUGAGCCGCUGUACAACGGGACAUGGGACGCCUUGUCCAAGAUUGCUUCUGCCGAAGGUAUCGCCGGCUUGUACGCCGGUAUGAGCGGUUCUCUGAUUGGUGUUGCCUCGACCAACUUCGCCUACUUCUACUGGUACUCGGUUGUGCGCACGCUGUACCUCAAGUCCGCCAAGGCCGCAGGCCCGCCGUCUACUGUCGUCGAGUUGUCGCUGGGCGCUGUCGCGGGGGCGCUUGCCCAGCUUUUCACGAUCCCUGUCGCCGUCAUCACGACCCGGCAGCAAACACAAAGUAAAGAGGACAGGAAGGGCAUCAUUGACACGGCUCGUGAAGUCAUAGAGGGAGAGGACGGCAUCACUGGGCUCUGGAGAGGAUUGAAGGCCAGUUUGGUGCUGGUAAUCAAUCCGUCCAUCACAUAUGGCGCGUAUGAGCGCUUGAAGGAGGUUCUCCUUCCGGGAAAGAAAAAUCUUUCGCCCUGGGAGGCAUUCGCUCUCGGUGCCAUGUCCAAAGCGCUUGCGACCAUCGUCACCCAGCCCCUGAUUGUGGCCAAGGUCGGGCUGCAAUCGAAGCCGCCCCCAUCGAGACAAGGGAAGCCGUUCAAGAGUUUCGUCGAGGUUAUGCGGUUCAUCAUCGAGAAUGAGGGCCCUCUGAGCCUAUUCAAGGGAAUGGGCCCACAAAUCCUCAAAGGCUUGCUAGUCCAGGGCAUCCUGAUGAUGACCAAGGAGCGUGUCGAGCUCAUGUUUGUCCUCUUCGUUCGCUAUCUUCAAGGCCUGCGGUCACGGAGACUCGGAAGGGCUGGUGACCUGGCGGCUGCCGCCAAACUCGUAGCGCCUGUGACUGUCAAGUAA